AGACGAUGCUGGGCGGACUUUAGCGGGUACAUUUUCGACCUGGAAUCUCCAGCGAAGUUGAGGAGCGUUGUUUUUGUUUUUUAAACUCAAAGUCUGCGGGAUUCAAAUCAGGAUAUUCUCGAGUCUCCCGCGUCGUUGGUUUUAUUCGUUAUGUGAAUUCACAGAAAACGCAGCAUGUGGACUUUUCUUCCGGUUCGUUCUUUCCUCACUUAGCGAAGUCCCAGCGCGAUGCUAACGCUAGCUAACCGCCGUGAGCCAGUGUUGUGACGAUGCGUCGGGAAGGAGCUUCUUCCUCCUUUGUCGUCCCGUCAAACUCAAGCCCGUGAACAAGAGGUCCGUGUGUGUAAAUAACGAGUGUGUUGGAUGGCGGUGGCUCCCGCCUCAAUGGCGGAUAAGAUCAUAGUCCUUGACGAUGAUGAAGAGGAGAGUGCUCAACCCUCCUUUGCUGCUUCCACCUCGUCCACGGAGCAUCAAGCCAAACAUGUCUCGCCACUCAGAGCUCAGCAGCCUCCCCCCACCCACAUUACCCAGUCACCCUUUGCCACCACGAAGAAGCAGAGCCAUGUCCUGCAAGCAGAGAAUGAGAGACUGUUCACUGAGUUUGUGGAGCACUGCUCAACUCUCACCCAGGACUGUCCCGAGGUCUUGAGCUACCUACAAACCAAACAUGCCAAAGCCCCCCCUGUCUUUCUGUCAUCCGUGGAGUUCAGGAACACGUUGGGGAGAUGUUUGACUCGCGCUCAGGCCCACCGCUCUAAGACCUUUGUCUACAUCAAUGAACUGUGCACCGUACUCAGGCAGCAUACUGCCAAGAAGAGGCAGAUCCUCACCAAGGUUGAGUCUGGGUCUUCUACCUCAACGUCAAGUUUUCUCCAGUCUACCUCUGUUAUGCUUCAAGGUAAAGACAAGACUAAAGUUAAGCUGGAGGAGGACGGUGGGAAACCCUCAGCGGAAGAUGAGCAGCCUUCCACCUCAGGGCUGCAGGAGGACCACACAUCAGAGGAACAAGCAACGGAGAAAAAGGCAAAGAGGGCCUCCAGGAAACAAAUAGCGUACCUGGAGAACCUGCUGAAGGUGUACAACGACGAGAUCAGCCGCCUGCAGCAGUCCGAACUGAGUUUAGACGACCUUGGAGCCGAGGACUCCUUAUACAUCCAGGAGCACAAGCUGAAACGCAAGAUGAUUAAAAUCUAUGAAAAGCUGUGUGAACUCAAAGGCUGCAACACGCUAACGGGCCGGGUCAUUGAGCAGAGGCUCCCUUACAAUAGCACUCGUCAUCCUGAGAUCAACAAAAGGAUCGAGCGCUACAUUAACAGUCAGGAGGCCAAGAGGAACCCUCCAGAUUACCAAGACAUCCUCCAGCAGGUGUUACGUGCCAACGAACGCUACAAGCUGUGCCUGAGCCGAAAAGUUCUGAACCAGAUUGCCCUGGACGCCUUCAGAGAGACUGGGAGCCGCAUACAGGAGAGACGUCACCUGGACCUGGUCUACAACUUCGGCUCCCAUCUCACCGACAACUACAAACCCGCCUCAGACCCGGCUCUUUCGAACCCCUCACUGCAGAAAAAGCUGCGAUCCAACAGAGAACUGGCGCUCUCCAGCCUGGAGAAGGUUAUCAACAAGUUCGCCGUCAAACAAGAUGACACCGAGGAGCAGGAGAGGAACAAACGACAGGAGAAAGAGGAAAACUCAGAAAAGGGAGGAGAAAGUAAAGAGGUGAACGGAGUCGCAGAGGAGGAAGAAGAACCGGAGGAGGAUGAUGAAGAAGAAGACGACUCAUCAGACCCAGACAUAGAGAAGGAGAUCCAGGCCAGCACUCAGCAGGAUGGACCUGAGGAUGAUGAGAAUGAGGACGACAACAGCAAUGAGGCAGAGCCAGCAGGAGAUGACGCCCAGAAGGAGGAUCAGACAGAUGAGCUGUCGAGAAGCGUUAAGGAUGAGGCAGAGGAGCCAGUCACAAGAGGACUCAGUCCUCUAUCUGAUGACAGCAAAUCCCAGAUCUCCCUGUCUGAUAUCCCCUCACCUAGAGACAGCCCGAGCCAAUCAGAGCCCAUGCAGACUGAUGAGCAGCAGCCAUUGUCUAAUGGUAAACUUGCAGGACUAAAGGAGCAGGUGGAUUCCUCCAAUCAUGUCUCGGUUGUGCUGGUAAGCACCAGUAAAGUCACUGCAGACAUCUCCCUGGCAGCAGCCAAUGGGGAUUCUUCGCCCCCGUCACCAGCAGCGAUCUCAGAAAAAUCGACCACGAUGAUCUCCAACGGCACGUCGCCACCCCCCACCCCCCGAGCUACGAGGAGUCAGAAGAGGAAGAGGGAGGAAGUAACAUCUGAGAACUCCAUAAAUGCAAAGCACAGGAUCAUCCAGGACAGUGAGGUAGACAUCCCUCUGGAUAUGGGUGUUAUUAGCUGCAAUUCUCCACCUGCCAUCCGAGCAGACACUCCACCCCAGGACCUUGUCAGCAGCUCCCAGUCGACGCCGCCUCCCAAGGAAAACAAGGUCAAUGUGGCGACCCAGUGUGACCCAGAUGAGAUCAUUGUCCUAUCCGACUCAGAAUGACCUUUCACCUUUGACCCCUCACUUGUCCUGCAGAGAUUCUUCAACCUCUGGCUCGAUCCUGGGAGCCAUCCCCUUAAAGCUCCCGUUGCUGAUAUGAAUCCAAACAACGGAAGACAGGGAAAACUGAAGUUAGUACCUUGUGUCAACAGACUACCAAACAAAAGCCAAGGCACGUUUUUUGUAAACAACUUUAAUAAAAUAAUUGUGAGCUAACAUUUACAGGAAA